AUGAGUGCAGUUGCGAAAGGCAAGGUAGAGCUCAGGUCCUCUGAAGUCUACCUUGAAGAAGAAGGCCGAGACCCUAUCGUCUUUGAACUUUCUACGAUCGAGCCUAUCGGCAAUGCUCAAAACCAACCUUACGCCCGACUGAAGCCGGCCACGAUGGACUCAACACCUCUUAUCCGCCUGGAUUAUACCCUUUACGAGCUUUACUCCGUGGAUAAUGAGGACUGGCCAAACAUUACCCUCGUAUACUCUUUUAUGGAAGAGUCGGCGGUGAAAUUUACGUACCAGUAUGAGUUGCAGGAGACGCAAAAGACAGCCGAGCCCUCCGUCAUGCUGGAUACGAAGCUUAAGCCUCAGAGACAUGGGUUUAUCGCUGGCAAGAUGCCUCUAGCUAUCCUCUACGCGGGCUCCCAGUGCAACGACCAAGCUCUAGAUACACUGCGCGCCGACAACGCUGAUGUCUUUCGAAACUUUGCUCAGUUACCUUUUGACCAGCAGCCGAUUGUGAGCUUUGCGACGAGUUCAGAAAGUAUAUCUGUAGGGCCAGGGGCUCAUAUUGCAGUAAUGUUUCCCGCAGACUGCGUCCUGCACUUACCGCAUCUCGUGGACCCUGAAAUCCACUAUGAGCUACUUUCCAAACCUGGUUUGGCUAGGUCAGGACUGCCAACGCCGCCAUCCGAGGUUAUCGAUACCGUUCUCACUCCACACGACGUACACGAUCAGGACCUACUGAAGGGUGAAAUUUCCAGAAUCACCCAGCUACUGGACAAUCACGAACUGCCAUUCGUUCUAAAGCUCCCCCAAUCAGCCUCUGGGAUGGGCGUCUUUAAGGUCGAUACAGAUGCCCAAAGAGCAGAUGUCAAGGCAACACUCGCAACGCAGCUGGGCCGGAUGCUCCAGCAAAUUAACGAAUCAAAUCAUCAUAUGCGUCCGUGUUCUUUAGUGAUUCAGCGCUUCAUCCCUGGUACAACAAUGGGCUUAUCUCUUUUUGUAACAAAGAAGGGGCGGCCCAUCUUUAUAGCGUGCUGUGAUCAGCAAUUAGACGGAGAUGGGCACUGGGUUGGUUGUUCAAUCUCUUACAAGCGGCAACCGGAGUUCAAAGAAGCCUAUCGCGACAUAUCAGAGAAGGUCGCCGCUUUCCUGCAUCAGAAAGGCUAUUAUGGCCCCGUUGGGCUAGACGUAAUAACAGAUGCGUCUGGGAAUCAGUACAUUGUCGACCUCAACGCCCGUGUCACUGGCAGUUACCACUUAGGACCGCUCGCGGGACACUUUCUUCAGCGCGGCCUGCUGGAGGUAACCUUUGUGCAGGCCUAUUUCCUUUAUUCUAGGGCCGCAUUUGAAGCGGCUUUCUCGGACGAAAUCCAGAAGGGCAGCUUGGUAAUCAGCGGCUGGGCACACGCCGAGUCGACACCACUCAGCCAAGCUGCGAUCAAUAUAGGAGGCCGGGAUUCCUCCGAAGUGGAGGAGAGACUCAAGAAGAUCAGAGAUUUUGCUGUUCCUGAUAGAACGAUGUGA